CAGUGGUCUGAUUGUCAUUAGGUUAUAGAGCCACGAUGAGCUCUAAAACUGAAACGUUAGCAAGAAGCUAACGAAAUCUUCAGCUUACGGCUAACUUAGCGACUCCGUUUUACUGGUGGAAGGUCUGAGUUGGAAACUUUUGUCUUUGGUGGACUGCAGAGGGUAUACAGGCGGAGGAUGUCUGUUGCAGCUAGACGUCUGAUCCGCUGCCGGAGACUGAGUACAGCUGGGACGCCUGGUGUGAAAAAGGUGCUCCAGUGGAAAGACUUAAGGAAAGUUGCUAAAGUAACCGGUGCAGUGGUCUUGGGGGGCUGUCUUUUCGUUACCUAUGAGAUGAUAGCCUUGGACAAAGCAGUGACCAUUGACACUAGUGCAAUUCUUCAGGAAAAAUAUAAGUCUUACAUCUAUCUGCAGUCCACGCCCUCUGAAGAGAAAGAUAACCUAGCUGCAGGACUCACACAAAAAGCAAGGAGGGAACUUCAUAAAGCAGCAAGACGGUUUCUGGAAAUAUCUUCAAGGCUUUUACUUCAAUCACUAGACGAGCACUUUAGCCAUGUGGAUGCAGACCCACACGAGGUGGCAUUAUGGGCCCUCUUGAAGAAAACCCAAUCGCCCAAUAAAGCCAUCAGACUACAGGCCGUUCAGGAGCUCGCAGACAAUCACAACUGGCAUGACUAUCAGUACCAGACAGCAGCCCAGGUCAUAGACCAGCGGACAGCGCUGGGACUGGCUCGGACUCCUCAGGUAGACCUGCGAUUUUUCCGGCACCCUCCUCCGCUGCCUGACUUGGAGGAUGGUUUGUCAGCAGAGGACGGACUGAGGCAGUUGCUGGCAUCUUUGCCUCAGUCUGAGGUGGACAAAUGCGUUCAAUACUUCACCUCCCUGGCCCUCAGAGAAAGCACCCAGGCACUGGCAGCACAAAGGGGUGGUCUGUGGUGCUUUGGUGGCAACGGGCUGCCGUACGCCCAAAGCCUAACCUCUGUUCCUUCAGAGAAGGUGGAGUCUUUCUGUCUACAGGCCCUCGUACAGCACUCAAAGGUACAAAGCCACUGCCACCAUAUAGUUGCAAAUGGAGGCCUGCAGCUCCUCCAGAGGGUCUAUCAGCUCAGAAGAGACUCCCUGAAGAUUCAGAGAAACAUUGUUCGUAUCAUAGGGAACUUGGCACUAAAUGAAGGCGUCCACCAGGCCAUAGCCCAGUCUGGUUGGAUAUCUGUGCUGGCUGAGAUGAUGCAGUCUCCUCAUGUGAUGCAGGCAUCUCAUGCAGCCCGUGCUCUGGCCAACCUGGACAGGGAGACGGUGAAGGAGAAAUACCAAGAUGGCGUCUACAUCCUCCACCCACAAACACGAGACAACAAACCAAUCAAAGCAGACGUGCUGUUCAUCCACGGGAUCCUAGGGGCUGCUUUUAAAACGUGGAGGCAGAAGGACCGCAGUACUGCAGAGGAAGAGAGAGAAGCUGAAAGCAAAGACGACUAUACAGAGUGCUGGCCAAAGUCGUGGUUGGCUGCUGACUGUCCAAAUCUGAGAGUACUGUCAGUGGAGUAUGACAGUCAUCUCAGUGACUGGAUGGCCAAGUGUCCCGCUGAGAGUCAGAGGAAGUCUUUGGCCUACAGAAGUCGAGAGCUGCUAAAGAAGUUAAAGCAGGCAGGAGUCGGAGAAAGGCCUGUGGUCUGGGUAGCCCACAGUAUGGGAGGUCUGCUUGUGAAGAAAAUGCUCCUGGAUGCCUCAGAGGACCCAGAUAUGCGUGGGUUGUUACAGAAUACCAAAGGCAUUAUGUUCUACAGCGUUCCUCACCAUGGCACCAUUAUGGCCGAGUACUCUGUCAACGUCCGAUAUCUCCUCUUUCCGUCAAUAGAAGUCAGAGAACUCUGUAAAGACUCACCAGCUCUGCGCAACCUGAAUGAGGGCUUCCUGAACAUGGCCAAAGAAAAGGAAUUCAAGGUGCUGAGUUUUGCGGAGACGCUGCCUACAAACAUAGGCCCCAUGAUCAAGAUACUGGUGGUACCAACACAGUCAGCAAAUCUCGGCAUCGGGGAGCUCAUCCAAGUGGAUGUAGAUCACCUCAACAUUUGCAAGCCAGAGAAGAAGGACUCGUUCCUGUACAAACGCAGCCUCCAGUUCAUCCAGGAAGCCCUUCAGACCUUCAUCGGCCACUGACUCAAAUAUAUGAGCACAAACACUUCUUAAUCUACUGUAUAAAUGAACUGUGGGAGAGCACUAUCACCCUCCCAUCCUCCAACCAAAAGACAUAACUGCCUCUUGAUGUUGCACAUUCACCUGGACAACCGCCAAUGUGACCAUAUUAUAACAAGAAGCAUUAGAUUUAUUUUACACAUUAAUCCAUGUGAAAAGUUGUGACAAAGAACCCUGGGUGCUUACUUUGUUUUUCUAACCUUCUUAAGACUGUUUUCUCUCAUUUGUCAGUAAAUUAGUUUUAAGAAUCAUAAUUUUUAAAGAGAAAAACAACUAUGUUUACAAAUUCUAGGUUUUAUUUUUCCCUUUCAUUUUAGACUUUCCAGCUUAAGUAGUUACUUCAAGAUGCACUGACAUUUCAUGACCACCAAUGGUCAUCUGUACCUUUGACCAGAGCAAAGGUUUAAGACUUGAUUUUUGUAUUUUAGUGAUUUACCCUAACUAUAUGUUAGUCAUACUGUGUGCCAAAAUGUAUUCCUCUCCAAAGCCUUACCUCAAAAUGUCCUACUUAUUUAUUUUUAUGAGACUAACGAAGCAAUGGACUUUUAAUCUCCACGUGGUUUGGAGGCACAUCUGCCACUAACAAUGCUGAAUGCUGGCAAUGAACUGAAUAAACAUCUAAAGCUGGAGCAUUA